AUGAGUGACAAUUCUACUGUGGCCCCUCCAACUUCAAACCAAGGUCCCACCACCCCACGCAAAGGACCCCCCAAGUUCAAGCAGAGGCAGACUCGUCAGUUCAAGAGCAAGCCUCCUAAGAAAGGUGUGAAAGGGUUUGGAGAUGACAUUCCGGGCAUGGAGGGACUAGGAACAGAUAUCACGGUGAUUUGUCCUUGGGAGGCAUUCAGCCACUUGGAGUUGAACGAGCUCGCUCAGUUUGGGAUCAUCUGA